AUGCUCUCAGAAUGCUUUGUCGCGUCGACUGCGGCGUCUGCGAAAACCCCCGCGUCGGCGUCGCUGAGAGACGUCGGAAUCUGUCUCCAUGAGCUUCAACCGUCACCGACCCUCCGAUCCACCUUUAAGAAGAGCUCGACUUCUCCAAAUUGUCUAGCUGUGAGCGCCUCACAUGUAUUUGCUGCGCAAGCUGAAAAAGCAACUGUGCACGUUUACAGCAGGGAGAAGGGUAAUCAGGAAGCUACUGUUCCAUUCCCAGAGCGCAUUCGCAGCAUUGCAGUCGCAGGAUCGAAAAAUGGCGAUAUCGUGGUUCUAGGUACAGAGGGUGGUCGUCUGAUUUUGUGGGAGGUUUGCACGGGACGCCAAGUUGCUACCACUGCAUCGCAUUUACGGCCCGUUACCUCGGUCGUCGUCGAUCCCAGCUCAAACUUCAUUCUUUCCGGCUCAUCGGACGCCAGUGUCCAUGUUUGGUCGCUAGUUGAUCUUCUAUCUUUUACAAAGCCUCCAUCAGGGCGCAACCAGCAGCCUCCAAAUUCACCUAUUCGCACAUUCUCGAAUCACCGUGCAGCAGUCAGUGCUAUUGUGGUGGGACACAGCACCGGUAGAUACAACAUUGCUAUCUCUGCGGCCCAAGACAACACUGCCAUUGUUUGGGACUAUCGGACCGGUCAUGUUUUGCGGAAUUUCCUCCUGCCGGCCAGCGCGAUCUCCCUUGCCCUUGACCCGGUUGAUAGAGCAUUCUAUGCGGGUUAUGAAGAUGGCAGCGUUCAGUCGCUAGACUUCUACAAGGAACAAUCCAUUCAGCAUCCUCUUCACAAUCCGUCACUACAGGCUACUCCAGCACAGGCCUCCUCUGAAGACCGCUGGCUCCCACCUUCCGCUGACAGUGGCGCAGCACAUGCGUUGACCCUUUCUUACGACGGUAUGACUUUGCUAUCAGGCCAUGAGAAUGGCAAAGUGUACUCCUGGAAUGUUGGAAGACGAAAAUAUGCAUCAACAGUAGCGGACUUCACGCAUCCGGUCACAAACAUUAUCAUGCUACCUCUUGAAGGCCUAUAUCAACAGGCGACAAAUUUAAAGAGAGUAGCGCAUACAAUAAUCAAGCCGAAAUACGACCAUACGCUUUUAGAGAACACGCAGGCUGCAGGUACUGUUCCUGCAGACUAUGAGUUUAACACCCAUCUACUUCGCUCAUCCUCGCCUAGUGAAGCGCCUGCUGAGUCAGACUGGUUCAUGGACGCCUUUACUCACUCUUCUUUUCCCGCAUCCUUGAUAGAGCAAGGUCUAAGUGAGCUAACUGCUAUGUCCUUACCUGGAUCGGAUACUGUCUCUGCCCCGUCAAUGAACGUGGCAAUGGACGUUGAUACCCCCGGCAAGGAUUCCCAAAUUGCCUCCUUGGAAAACGAAAUCGCUACGCUCAAACAGAAAGUCUCAGUCAGCGAUGCAGCUCGGCAAUCCAGCACUGACGAAAUCACGAAACUCCGUUCAAACCUUGCCAACCUCCACGAUCACAUCAAUGAACUCAAAGCGAAGCAGGAGCAAUCACAGCGGGAUAGGAUACGGCGACAAGCCCGCAGAGAGGAGCGGGCAACUCGUCGACGGGAAGCCUGGUUCGCGGCGGAGAAGAAAGGCAAGAAUGGAGACGCUGUGCUGCGUCGGAUGAAAGCUGAAGACGAGUCUGAGACGAGCGGCAGCGACGAUCAGAGCAGUGAUGAGCAAUGA